AUGGGAGUCUUCUGUCCGCAGUACACCUCACAACAGAAACAAAUCAUCCGCUCGUCUCUUCGCGGCAUGGAAAAGAUUUCUUGCUUCCGAUUCGUGGAAAGAAAAUCGGAAAAGGAUUACGUCUUCAUCGUGCCGUUAGAUGGAUGCUAUUCAUAUGUUGGGAGGAUUGGAGGUGGCCAGCUGAUGUCUCUGUCUCUGGAUUGCCUUGCUGAUUUUAUUAUCUGGCAUGAGAUGAUGCACGCAAUCGGUUUCGAGCAUGAGCAUCAACGACCGGAUCGAGACAAUCAUUUGACGGUCAAAUAUGAGAAUGUGAUCCCCGCACAAAUGGUGAAUUUCGAGAAGAUCCGCGCCAAUGAAGUCGACUACCCGGAUAAAUAUGAUUAUUCAUCGCUGAUGCACUACGAUUCGUAUGCUUUCGGAAAGUUGGAUGAGAAGAGGAAAGUACGAAUGGCUACGAUGAUUCCGAAAAAGGCAGGCGUCUCCCUGGGUGACAACAUGGCCUUCUCCCCAACAGACAUUCGAAAGUUGAAUCGUCUAGGGAAAUGCCCUUCCCCUAUUUCUCCACUGAAUCCUGAAUCCGGAAAAUGCGACUCUCCCUCGUACAAAGCGUUGAUGGAGAAUUAUUGCGCGUUGACGUGUGGAUACUGUAAAGGGAUGGAAAAGACGACGAAAUUGGUGGAACUGCCGAAAAGCCCCCAAAAAGAGCACAAUAUCAAGGAUGAAGUGAAGAAACCGAAAGUGGUCAUUGAAGAGGCGGAAAAGGAUGGAAACGAUGUGGAAUGCGAGGAUUUGAAAAUUUCAUGCAAAUUCUUCGUCGAACAAUGCCAGAAGUCGAAUUUCCGCGACGUUCUCAAGAAACACUGCCGGAAGACGUGUGGAUACUGC